UGUGGUCGGGUUGUUCCCACUAGAGAACAGAGACUUGGCUGGUAGGCCACUUUUAAUAUGGAGACUGAGGUUCUCUAAGGUGUGUCCUACAGUAACCUCAGCACACAGAUCCAAGAAAAUGUGUUUUCUCUCAGAAGAGAGAAUUAGAAGAGAUUAAUCCUAUGUACACCUGAAGAAUGGGGAUAGUAUUUCGAUUUUACAAGCUAGUUGAAUUUACACUAUUUCUUAAAGACCCACUCCAGCCUGCCUAGCACCUCAGUUAUCAUCUGAUUUACUUAACAAAAGGUGCAUUUCAGUAGCUGGUGCAGAUCUCCUCAUGACAUGGCACAAGUGGAUGGGUGGGCCUUUUGUCUUCUAUUGCUCCUCUAUUGUUUCAGCAAUCAAAGGGGAAUGCUGAUGACAUCUGAGUUCACCAAUCAGAGAGACCAACUCCUUGAAUACAUUUUUUUCUUCUCCUGAAAAACACUAUUUUGCUCAAGUAUGUUUAAUUUACCUUUACGUGCCGGUACUUUACUGUAUAUAUACUCGGAAUAUCGUUUUUCAAUGGAGGAAGAAAAAAAAUAGCUGGAGAGUGUCUUUAACAAAUGGACAUCUUGAUUUGAAAGGCUCUGGGAAGAUUUUGACUAUUUAGAGUGCUUGUCAUAGGCCUACAGGUCAAACCAGUCCACUUUCUACUAAUGUAGUUUAUGAAAGUUAAAUCGGGAAGGCUGGUCUGAAUGCAUAGUCGCGGGAAGUAGGGGUGCACCAUCAGCACCCCCUGAAAUAUAUGAGGGGGGGGGGGGUUCACAGUGCACUAGAUGUUUAGAUGUUCAUAUGUUCAUACAAUAUAUUGUAAUAUCCAACAAUAUUGGUUGCGUGGGGUAAAUUGUUUAGAAUUGUGUACUUUGGAGCAUCAUGCCAUUCAUUGGAACUGCUGAAAAUGUUGGUACCUUUUAAUUUAAAGUAUAAAGCCAUGCCUACUAAAGUGAAUGAUUACCUACUAAUUUUAAUGUGAAGUGUGUGUGUGUGUGUGUGACAUUAAUCAUUUAACAGCAGUUCUCCCAGGCUAUGGUCUGCACAAAUACUAAUAAUACAUACAGUACCAGUCAAAAGUGUUGUAUGUAUCCAACAAUAUUGAUUGCGUGGGCUAAGUGGGUUAGAAUUGUGUAAUUCAGAGCAUCAUGCCAAACUUGGAAAUGCUGAAAAGUGUGAUAUUGUAGGUUAGUAAUUCAUUUUCAACCACAUUUGAUCCAAGUUUAGUACCUUUUAAUUUCAAGCGUUUGUAGGCAGUAUAAAGCCAUGCCUACUAAAGUUAAUGAUUACUUACUCACUUUAAACUGAGUUGAGUUUGUGUGUCAUUCAUUAUUUUACAGAAGUGCUCCCAGACUAUGGUCUGCACAAAUACUAAUAAUACAUUCUUUAGAUAAAUCAUUUUGUUAUGGGUCAUCUUAGGCCAUCAUUAUCACAUAUAUGCUUCUUCAGAAACCUCUUUCUCAUCCUAAUGUCUGCUUUAAUCUCACUUCUCCUCUGGAACACUCUGAGACGCCCAACCUGUUCUGAGAGAAGCCCGCUCCCAGCACCUGACCUCCUGCCACAAGACUACGCAGAUGACCUGCCUGCCUGCUCAGCCAUCAUCAGAGGAGACCUGAAGGGCAUCGACAAGGAGCAGCUCAGAAGACUUCUGAAAACAAAGAAUAAGCCCAAGCUUCUGUCUGAGGCGUUCUACCACGACGUGACCCGAAACUGUAAAACGUACAUUACAGGCAGAGGGUUCGUCAUGAUGCCCCUGAGUGUGGAGGAGAGAGACUUCCCCAUCGCCUACUCCAUGGUGGUCCAUGAGAAGAUUGAGAUGUUUGAGCGACUCCUGCGUGCCGUGUACACACCUCAGAAUGUAUAUUGCGUGCAUGUGGACCAGAAAUCCUCAGAAGAAUUCAGGACUGCAGUAAAGGCUAUUGUGACUUGUUUUACCAAUGUGUUUGUGGCAAGUAAGACAGAGAGUGUGGUUUACGCAUCGUGGUCUCGAGUGCAGGCAGAUCUAAACUGUAUGAAGGACCUGUUGAAGUCACCUGUCCAGUGGAGGUACCUACUCAAUACCUGUGGAACAGAUUUCCCCAUUAAAACCAACGCAGAGAUGGUUCAGUCACUCAAACUGCUCAACGGGAGGAACAGCAUGGAGUCUGAGACCACCGUCGACUAUAAGAAACACCGGUGGCAGUAUCAGCACAAUAUAACCAAUAACAUAGUAGUCAGAACAGACGUUACGAAGAGCCCUCCUCCAAUCAGCACCCCCAUGUUUUCCGGAAAUGCCUAUUUCGUGGUCUCCAGGGACUUUGUCCAUCACGUGUUUGACAGCCAGGAGGUUCGGGCCCUGCUGGAGUGGGAGAGGGACACCUACAGUCCUGAUGAGCACCUGUGGGCCACUCUGCAGCGCAUGCCCUCAGUGCCAGGGUCUAACCCUCCUCACGUCAAGUACCAUGAAUCAGACAUGAACGCCAUCGCUCGCAUGGUAAAGUGGAGUUACCUGGAAGGAGAUGUGAGGAAAGGAGCCCCAUAUCCACCCUGCUCCGGUGCCUCCAGGAGAGCUGUGUGUGUCUACGGGGCUGGAGAUCUACGGUGGCUCCUACAACACCACCACCUCAUCGCUAACAAGUUUGACCCAGAGGUGGAUGAUGUAGCCGUUAGAUGUCUGGAGUCCUACCUUCGUUUCAAAGCAACAUAUGGUUCAUCUGGAAGUAUCGGGAAAAAGCUACGAAAUGAGAAAGGUUUGCACAUACCGUAAUGUACAUUUUUUUUUAUUUGUGUUUUGGUAUCAUUUUUAUGUGGUUGUUUUACCUAUGGAAUUGAACGCACUGAUUGGAAGAGGCUAUGGAUAAGAGCAUCUGCUAAGUUAUACCAAAAAUUUGCAUUUUCAUGUUGCAUUUAGAAUACACUCUCUAAACAACAGUUAUAUAUUUACACAGUCUAUAUAGGUUGUAAAAUUGUGGCACAGGAGAGUCUGAAAAGAAUGCCCUAACCCUGUUCAAUGUCAGCAGCAAUUUCCGGUGUGAAAUUAGUCAGACAGAGGCUUUUCUUCUGAAUAACUGGUCAGGGUAUACCACGUUCCAUUCAACUUCAGCCAACUUUGAUGUAAAGGCUUGAUAACACCUGUACUGACUACUUCUAUACUGCAUGCCCAUUGUUGCUUGUCGAUUGUUCACUAGAAAAGGCAAUCACUUGGUUGCAGUCACUGAAAAGCUUGGAUAGCUGUGGAUUAGUGAGGAAUGUGGGCAGAGGUCAGGUCAGAUGAAGGGAGAAGGAACCGUUUUAUUACACACUUCAUCUGCCGAGCAGCAAAGAUGUUGUGUUUAGAGGUGCAACGAGGAGACUCUGCCUAAAGGAGGGUAUGAAUAAUGGUGCUGGUGGGAACAUGUUUUUGUCUUUUCAGCUGUUUGACCCAGUGGGUGAAUAAACUUGGUUUGAGCUUUGA